AUGUCGCCCAUGCUGCUGAAUGCGUCGAUGCUGGAAAUUGGAGCUGAGCAUGUGGGAGAUCUAGGGCUGGUUUCAUACCCCCACAUCUCCCUUAAGGAGAUCACUAAGGGUAGAUGGGAACAUCUGGGAUGUUUUGCAUUCAAGAUGAGCUUGUCAGAAAAUAAUCACCUCUACAAGGGAUGCCUCUGGCAGCAAAGGUCCAUGAUAAAAGCCAGCCCAACUCCUCACUUCCUCAGCCACUUCUCUUGCCUCCUUCUCCUUGGGAACCAGGUGAGUGAACCUCUGCCCCAAGACAUGUCCUGCUACGACCAGUGCCAGCCCUGCCUGCCCUGCCAGCCCUGUGGCCCGACCCCGCUGGCCAACAGCUGCAAUGAGCCUUGUGUCAGGCAGUGCCAGAACUCCAACGUCGUCAUCCAGCCCUCCCCCGUGGUGGUGACCCUGCCCGGCCCCAUCCUCAGCUCCUUCCCACAGAACACCGUUGUGGGCUCGUCCACCUCCGCUGCCAUUGGCAGCAUCCUCAGCUGUGAUGGAGUGCCCAUCACCUCUGGGUGCUGUGACCUCUCCUGUAUCACCAGCUGCUACUGUGGCUGCAGAUGCCCCCCCUGCUAA